AUGGCGCUCUACAUGGGAACGGGUUUCCUGCCCAGCUACGGAAUGAGCGCGACCCUUCAGCUGUUCGCUUUAAUCUCGUUUAUCACGGGGGGACUAUUUUAUAUCCGUCGCUCCAAGUCAUCCACUAUUCCCAAAUCGGCACUCCCAAAGUUUGUCGCAUUCACAGACGAGCAAAUGCGAAAAGAUCCAUGGGAGGCGUAUCGGCAUGGUCUUGAGAUCCACGGGGGAGUCAUUGCCACGACUAGAGCGGGGAGGCUCCUCAACCUCUACCUCCUCCCGAUGAUUUGCGGCGAGAGCGUAUUCCGUGAUCUUGCUACGACGACUUCCCAGCUCAUGAGCAGGGACCUGCCGGCUGUUUUGCGGAAGAUAACUCCAAUGUUCCAAGCAAACGCAAAGAACCUCAUCUCCGCUGGGCCUGGCACCCCGGUAGACCCAGUGCCCAUAACUAGACGAUUAGUAUGCAAUGCGGCAAUUACGGUGAUGCUUGGGGAGGAGUUCCUCAGCGAUGCAAACCACGAAGCCGUCAUGAACACCGUUGAGGCGAUUGCUGAGUUAACGGGUCUGGUAAAUGAGCCACCGUUCCUUGCGAGGCUUUGUCCUGCGCUCUGGCGGGUUGUUGUCUCGUUUAAAGUUGCCGUGUUUCGAAUUGGACUCGGGUUUGGCAGUACGCUGGGCGUUCACCUGUGGAGAGAGAUGUCUGCUCUGCUACAGGAGCGUCCGGAUAAGAAGAAUAUACACAAAAGGACCGUCCUCUCCGGGUUAGUCCACCAGCAAAUCCAGAGCCAAAACGGUGAUUUGUCACUAUCAUUCAGGUCCCGGAUCCGAAUCAUCAUCCUCAUAAUUGGCAUGUUCUUUGCAGCGAUCCAUCAGACCGGAGCAAUAAUGGUCUGGAUGCUCUACGGCCUCGCAAUGCAACCUGAAAGCCAGGCGCAAAUCCGCGCGGAGGCGUUGCGGACUAUCAACCUAGACCCACAUCCACAUCUUAACCCAGAUUCAGAUGACAAGAAUAACUUAAACGCAACAAUCAACUACAUCCUCAACCCAUCCACAUACCUCGACUCCUUCGUCCGCGAAGUCCUCCGCAUGAAAGGCGACAUCCUCUCCGUAGUCCGAAUGACGACGAGGGACGUGCAGGUGGGACAGUAUAUCAUCCCAAAAGGCAAACUCGUCCUUCCUGGCGUCCGCUUCUCCAAUCUCUCCGCCAGCUACAACGGCGAGCUCCCCAACGAAUUCCGGGCUGAUCGCUGGUUCGGUGGGAAGCGGUCUGCCGUUACGACGGGUCCCGGGUUCCUUGUAUUUGGAAUGGGAAAGUGGGCGUGUCCGGGGAGGUUUCUGGCUGUUGCAGAAAUGAAGCUGUUAAUACUCACAUUAAUUAAGGCUGCGGCAGUUGGCGUUGCGGACGGGGUGAAUGUGGUUUCGGAUGAUAUGACUGCAUCGUGGUCGCCACCGCAGGGGAAGUUGUGUUUGACGCCUCUUUAG